AUGAGUAGUACAGUGACCACUCAUGAUUUCGAAGAUUGGCCCGACUGGCCUCUCCGGGAUACGCGAUACAUGAGUUGCGCUUCCACCGCCACGGAAGACUCUGAGGCCAGCCUCUUGUCCAUCAGCAGAUUCCAGCCACCACCCAGUCCGACCACCUCAGUCUCCCCCACGGUGAGUGACAAGGGAAAGAGUCCUGUCGCGCCCGCUGUCAAUGUUGUGCGUCUACAGCUGAGUCCUCUGGUGACCAUAUCGUUUGUUCGCAAGACUCGCCUGUUUCGUAUGCAGUAUUCCUUUAUCGAUAUUGUAAAAGAACCUACUGGAGCCCUGAGACAAUUGGUGCUGGGCGGCUCCAACGGAUCCCACAGUACUUUUGUGCAUGAUUUCACAGCCACUCGACUGCCGAUCCCGCAUCUAGAGUACCCGCGUCUUUCGGCAGACACUCCGCACCGCGUGUCGUUUCUCGACGAGCAGACCGUUCAGACCGCCAAUACCACGUUCAACACACAACUAGCUUAUACAUUUGAUCACUGGGAUGAUUGCGUGAGGUUUCAGGAACUACUCCUUUCUUCCCAGCUCGUCUUCAUAGCCGGCAUAUCAGAGGCCAAGUCCAAGGGCCGUGGUGAGGAAUGCAUCAGCCAAAACCUGCGUCUACUGCGAGGACGUCAUGAUAGGUUCACUCUGUUGUUCUUUGCCAAUUCACAACGCAAAGAAAGGAAGCGAUACGUGUCGGUGCCCUUGAAUUGCAUCGACCGAGUCGAGAUACCCAAAAAGUCCAGCCGGCCGAUUCUGCUGCACUUGCGGCCCAACUUUGAGAUUCUAGCCGAGAUGAAGGUGCUGCAUUUUCACUUUCUAGAUGACGAUGAACGAAGACGGUUUGGGGAGAUCAUGUCUCACCAUAUUGAACAAUAG